AAUGUUGGCAGAUAAAAAUACUUAUUAAACCAUCACUCAUCAACAGUAGUUUCCUUUCUCAUAUAAAAGUUGUGAAUGUAACUGAAUUUCAAAUGCUCCAUAGGAAAAGUAUCUUCUCUUCUCACUUGAAGCUUUCUUCUGCUGCAUCCAAUGGAAGAUCUUCAUUUCCUUCAUAUUCUUAUCCAAUUUGUAGUGUUUUUAUUCGUGCUCCCUUGUAUUUUCUCAUGUCCUGAUCAACAAAAGCAAGCCCUCCUCCUCUUUAAAGACUCCCUUCUCUCUACUACAAUUUCUCCCAAUAGUUCCAUCCCUCUCUUCUCCUCUUUGGAUUCAUGGAAUUCGACUACAGAUUGCUGCCAUUGGGAAAGAGUUGUCUGCUCUUCUCCGGAUUCUCGCUCAAGGAUGGUUCAGGGUCUUAAUCUUUACUCUCUUGCUUGGAGGAUUACUGAUGAUCCAUUGCCACUUGAUGGUAAGGCAUUGAUGCCACUUUUCACCAUUAGAAGCUUGAUGUUACUCGAUUUGUCUUCGAACUACUUUGAGGGCCAAAUCUCAGGGCCAGGGUUUGGUAAUCUAAGUAAGAUGGUUAAUCUUAACCUAAUGUCGAAUAAGUUUAGUGGUUCGAUUCCUCCACAGAUGUAUCGUCUGCGAUACCUUCAAUAUCUUGACAUGAGCAGCAAUUUGCUUGAUGGAGCUUUGACUUCAGAUGUGAGGUUUCUUAGGAACUUGAGAGUGCUGAAGUUGGAUAGCAAUUCUCUUACCGGAAAGUUUCCCGAGGAAAUUGGCGACCUAAAAAUGCUACAGAAACUGUUCAUCCGCGACAACAGCUUCGUGGGGGAAAUCCCGCUCACCAUUGUCAAUUUGAAAUCUUUAGAGACACUGGACAUGAGGGACAACAAGUUUACAAUGGGAAUUCCUUCAGAUAUUGGCAGUCUGUACAACUUGACGUAUUUGGCCUUGAGCAAUAACAAAUUGAAUGGCACAAUUCCAACAUCAUUACAGCACAUGGAAAAGUUGAAACAAUUGGAAUUGGAAAACAACUUACUUGAAGGGCUUGUUCCGAUAUGGCUAUUCAAUAUGAAAGGGCUAGUUGAUGUGCUAAUUGGAGGCAAUUUGAUGACUUGGAACAACAGCAUUAAAAGCGUAAAACCGAAGCAAAUGCUUUCUCGACUGUCGUUGAAGUCUUGUGGGCUCAUAGGAGAGAUCCCAGGAUGGAUUUCUUCACAAAAGGGUUUGAAUUUCCUGGAUUUGAGAAAGAACAAACUAGAAGGAACAUUUCCUCUAUGGCUGGCUGAAAUGGCUCUUGGUUCCAUCAUUCUCUCAGAUAAUAAGCUUUCGGGUUCUCUUCCUCCUCGUCUCUUUGAGUCGCUAAGUCUAUCGGUGCUCGACCUGUCUAGGAACAACUUUUCUGGAGAACUGCCUGAAAAUAUUGGUAAUGCCAAUGCUAUUAUGCUGCUAAUGUUGUCUGGAAACAAUUUUUCUGGUGAAGUUCCAAAGUCGAUCUCAAACAUUCAUCGCCUACUACUGCUGGACUUAUCAAGAAACAGACUAUCCGGGGACACAUUCCCAGUUUUUGAUCCAGAUGCAUUUCUUGGAUACAUAGACUUAUCUUCAAAUGAUUUCACUGGUGAGAUUCCAACAAUCUUCCCUCAAGAAACCAGGCUCCUUUCGUUAAGCAAUAACAGAUUUUCCGGAAGCUUACCCAAGAACUUAACUAACUGGACCUUGCUCGAACACCUUGAUCUUCAUAACAACAAUAUCUCUGGUGAAUUGCCUGACUUCCUAUCCGAACUCCCUACGCUUCAGAUUCUGAGUUUGAGAAACAACUCCCUCAAAGGUCCAAUUCCAAAAAGCAUCUCCAAGAUUAGUAACCUACAUAUCCUCGAUCUCUCUAGUAAUGAAUUAGUUGGAGAAAUACCGACCGAGAUAGGCAAGCUAAAGGGAAUGAUUGAUACACCAAGCACAUAUUCAUCUCUAUCUGAUACUUUCUUCAACAUUGAUAUUGGGUUCAGUGACUUGAUAGUAAAUUGGAAGAAGACACUUCUAGGACUCCCAACUAGUCCCAGCCUUGACAUCUAUUCAUUGUUGGACUUGUCGGGGAACCAUCUUAGCGGAGAAAUUCCAAAUUCAAUUGGUAAUUUGAAGGGCCUAAAGCUUCUCAACCUGGCAUACAACAACCUCUCUGGCAAUAUACCAUCAAGUUUGGGGAAAUUGGAAAAAGUGGAGACCUUGGAUUUGUCUCACAAUGAACUCUCAGGCUCAAUACCAGAAUCACUAGUCAAUCUACACGAAUUGACGGUUCUUGAUGUGAGCAACAACAAGCUCACAGGCAGGAUUCCAGUUGGGGGUCAGAUGACCAUCAUGAACAAUCCAAGCUACUAUGCCAACAACAGCGGAUUAUGUGGAAUUCAAAUCCGGCAGCCAUGUCCAGAAGACCAGCAACCAACAGAGCCGGCAGAGCCGGCAGAGGAAGAAGAAAAACAACAAGUAUUUUCCUGGAUAGGUGCAGGAAUCGGGUUCCCAAUUGGCUUUGUGUUUGCAGUGCUUAUUAUUUACAUGUCUGGUUAUUUUAGUCCACUAGUACCACAUAGAUGCAUCGUUCUCAAGCCUAGAAGGCGAAGGCCAUGACUCACAAGUUUCAACUCCACCAUAUGUAACAAUCUGUUCUAGCUUAAA